AUGACGGGAUCCCAGAGAAAAUGGUGGAAAGAAGCCACUGUAUAUCAGAUUUAUCCAGCCAGCUUCAAAGACAGCGACAACGAUGGUUGGGGCGACUUACCGGGCAUCACGUCGAAAAUCCCGUACUUCAAACAUCUAGGCGUCGACACCAUUUGGAUAUGUCCCUUCUACGAUUCCCCGCAGCAAGACAUGGGCUAUGACAUCUCAGAUUACGAAAAGGUGUGGCCGCGAUACGGCACCAACGAGGACUGCUUCGAACUGAUCCAAAAGGCCCACAAUAAUGACAUCAAAGUAGUGGUCGAUUUGGUCAUCAACCACUGUUCCUCAGAGCACAAGUGGUUCCAGGAGUCACGCUCGUCUAAAACAAACUCUAAGCGCGACUGGUUUAUCUGGAAAGCUGCCAAGGGUUUCGACUCAAGUGGGAAGCCAAUUGCGCCUAACAAUUGGCGGUCCUUUUUUGGCGGAUCUGCAUGGGAGUGGGACGAGAAGAGCCAGGAGUUUUAUCUGCAUCUCUUUGCCUCGGGGCAACCCGACUUCAACUGGGAAAACGACGAAUUGAGAAAACAUCUCUACGACUCUUCUGCCGGGUUUUGGCUCCGUCACGGCGUGGACGGAUUUCGCAUCGAUACAGCCGGUCUCUACUCCAAGGUUGCAGGUUUCCCAGACGCGGAAAUUACUGAUCCCGAUAGCGAGCUACAAUACCCUGGCGCUGUGACUCGCAAUGGACCUCGCAUCCACGAGUUUCACAAAGAGAUGCGCAAAUACUUCGAGCAGCAACUUCCCCCAGGGAAGGAGAUCUUUACAGUGGGCGAAGUCGGAAAUUGCGACAACAGCGGUCUUUUACAGUAUACUAGCGAGGAGCAGGGCGAAAUGAGCCAGCUUUUCAACUUCGCACACACAAAUGUGGGAACCAGCGGGCAUUUUAGGUACAAUGUGGUGCCUUACACGUUAAAGGACUGGAAAUUGGGUAUUGCAGCCAGUUUUCUGUUUGCUAAUCGCACCGACAGCUGGACUACUGUUUACCUGGAAAAUCACGACCAGCCUCGAAGUGUGACAAGAUUCGGAAACGAUUCCCCCCAGUGGCGUAAAAUUUCGGCAAAGCUUUUGGCUCUCUUGGAGAUUUCGCUCACGGGGACGCUUUACAUCUACCAAGGUCAGGAACUAGGGCAAAUUAAUAACCUUGGAUGGGAUCUAGACCAGUACGAUGAUGUAGACGUCAAGAACAACCGUGCCUUGAUUCGUGAGAAAUAUGGAGACGACUCUGUGCAGAUGCGUAAAUUCGAAGAGGGCGUGGCACUGUUUUCGCGCGACCAUGCCAGAACCCCGAUGCCCUGGUCUUCCAGAGAACCAGACGCUGGGUUCGGGGUUUACGGUGGCCACGCAGCUGCCAAACCGUGGUUGGCCGUCAACGACACGUUCCGAGACGGGAUCAACGUCGAAGAUGAGCUUGAAGACCCAAACUCUGUAUUGAAUUUCUGGCGCGAGGCUCUCAAAGUGAGACAGCUGUACAAAGACACUUUGGUUUACGGGCAGGAUUUCGAGUUCCACGAUCUUGACGACCCCAAACUGUUCAUGUUCACAAAGAAAACUGACGAACACGAGAAGCCUCGACAACUAUUUGCAGCGUUGAAUUUUUCGUCAGAGCCCUGCGAUUUUUCCGCACCUGAAGCAGACGCCGCCCAGCUAACCCAAUUUUUCAGCAACUAUCCUGCACUUCCAAAUGUUAAAGACACCCUGAGACCUUGGGAAGGUAGGCUGUUCUUCCUACAGUAG